UCGCCUACGGCGUCAUCACCGUUUUCGACCAUGAGGCGGCGGUCGUCCGCAGGGGAUGCGGGGGCGCUUCCGGGCUUCGCGACAUACCCGCGGCGCGCAUCUCGAGUUGUAGCUCACUUGCUCGCCCACAAGAUGGCAGACACGGCAAUCGCUCAGCCGGGCUGGCCAAACAACAAGGAUGAAUACGAAUUAGGUCCCGUUAUAGGUGUUGGUGCAACAGCAGCUGUGCAUGAAGCACUCUGCAUACCCCGGCAAGAGAAAUGUGCAAUAAAAAGGAUCAACUUGGAGAAAUGGAAUACGAGUAUGGAUGAGCUGUUGAAAGAAAUUCAGGCCAUGUCAUCAUGCCACCAUGACAAUGUAGUGUCAUAUUUUACUAGUUUUGUUGUUAAAGAAGAGCUUUGGCUAGUACUCAAGCUUCUAAGUGGGGGCUCGCUGCUGGAUGUCAUCAAGCACCGCAUGAAGACGCAAGACUGCAAGCAUGGCGUCCUUAGCGAGGCCACUAUAGCCACUGUCAUGAAGGAGGUGCUGAAGGGCCUGGAGUACUUCCACAGCAAUGGCCAAAUACACAGGGACAUCAAGGCGGGCAACAUCCUGAUCGGGGAGGACGGCAGCAUCCAGAUCGCCGACUUCGGCGUCAGCUCGUGGCUGGCGACGGGCGGCGACCUCAGCCGAGAGAAGGCGCGCCACACCUUCGUUGGCACCCCGUGCUGGAUGGCGCCCGAGGUCAUGGAACAGGUGACGGGCUACGACUUCAAGGCGGAUAUCUGGUCGUUUGGGAUCACGGUGAUAGAGCUGGCCACGGGCACGGCCCCGUACCACAAGUAUCCGCCCAUGAAAGUACUCAUGCUCACGCUGCAGAACGACCCGCCCGGCAUCGACUCGGCCGCCGAAGACAAGGAUCAGUACAAGUCAUACGGCAAGACCAUCCGCAAGCUGGUCAACGACUGCCUGCAGAAGGACCCAGCCAGGCGACCCACCGCCUCGGAGCUCCUGAAGCACCCCUUCUUCAAGAAGGCCAAGGACAAAAAGUUCAUCCAGCAGAUGUUCACCCAGUCGGGACCGAAGCCGACCGACCGUUCUGCCAAGGUGCGCACGCCCGGCUCCUCGGGCCGCUUCCACAAGACCGAAGAGGGCAACUGGGUCUGGUCGUCGGGCGAGUCCAGCGAGUCGGACGACGAGCUGCCGGCGAGCGGCGGUAACCGGUCGGCCGAGCCUGCCACCGACCCCCAGUCGGGCCCGGCCGGCGCACCUGCCACGCCGGCGCCCGCCUCCGCCGCCGCUGCCGCCCCCGCCGCUGUCCCCGCCGCCCCUGCCACUGCGCGCAACUGCAUCGACCUGGUGCUGCGCAUGAGGAGCCAGCAGCGCGAGCUGAACGACAUCCGGUUCGAGUACGAGUACGGCCUAGACACGGCCGACAGCGUGGCGCAGGAGCUGGUGGCCGCCGGCCUGGUGGACGGCCGCGACCGUAUCGUCAUCGCCGCCAAGCUGCAGGCGAUCGUCGACGACCCGCAGCGCGUCACCACGCUGACCUUUCCACUGACGGCAGGCUUCUGCGAGCCGCACGAGCGGGAUGAGACGGCGCUGAUGGGCUACGGCCAGCUGACCAUCGACACGCCGGCCGGGCCGCGCCAAUGAGAGCCGUCUGCCGAGCUCGCCCCGAAGCUGAACUCGCUGCGCGCCGAUAGAUGGCGCGAGCUCAGCGGGCGGGCAUUAGUCAUGUAACUAUGCCAUAUGGCCAGGGCACGGGCCAGGAGGACAGGUCAAUGACGUUGUUUUGUUUGAUUUUCAAAACUGUUUCUUUUCGCCGUGAUGUACGCGUGUUUACGUGGUGUUUCGUCAUAGUGGGAAUCGGUAGACGGUAGCGAGUGUUCCUUACCGCGGAUUGCUCCCGUGUUGAUCAUUAUUCUGUGGGUCUAUAGAAGUGGUGGAGUAGCAGGACUGGUGCUGUCCAGCUAUGCAGCCGUGCCCGAGGUGCGCGGGUUCCAAGUAGCGUCGUUUGUAUCCAGUUGGACGGGACUCCGGCGCGCGGGUCACCCGCCCGAGCCGCCUCGCCUUGGUGCUCUUCGAUCGUGCCCUCGUGGGCCAUGCGGCAGGACGAAUGUCGCUGAUUCAAGACUGGCAAUAUGUGAAAUGGUCGUUUCCGACACGUUUGUCGCCCUCGAAAGGCGUAUGUUUCCGUCGUGUGCCCUGUCGUGCGGCCCGGUAUUUCGGUGAAAGGUGCGCUACGAGGUUGCUCGAAUCCGAUUUGGUGGAACUCGUUUGUUUUUGCUGAAAUUUGGUCGUCAGAUGAAGCGUUUGCAAUCCCUGUCUUUUCUCGGAUAUUUCUUUUGUUGUCGUGGAACCGACACGUGACGAAUCGUAUUUGUGUUUGUGUAUCGCCAUGCUUCCCUCGUGGGGUCGUCUCGUCAGGACGCUUGCCAUGAUAUUGCUUCGUAUAGUCGUCCUGCGACCCGUCUUUGGCGUCGUAUGCUGAUAUCCAAAGGCCUUAGCCUCCGCUGCAACCUCAGAUACCCCUGGCCGAGCUUCCCUUCCGUCAUGCAGUCUCGCGCAUGCUCUCUUAGCUGGUUUGCACAUAACGGUCCGAGUUAAGUAACCGACUUGCCUCCCCCAGAGCUGGUCACCGCCCCGGCGGGCUGGCCGCUCUCACAGCUCCGCCUGCUCGCGGCCGACCCCCAGCCCCACCACCGCCUGCCGGCCGGGCCGAGGCCGCCGAGGCCGCCGUGGGGUCCCCCCGGGGCAGCGAUCCCCUGCGGGACGGCAGUGGAUGGACGGAGCAGACCCUGCCCCCGUCCCGGCCCUGGUCGCCGGAGCUGGCGGCCGUCGCGUCACGCCGCGGGGGCUGGUGCCGCACCGCAGACUCGUGGCGUCGCUGAUGUGGAACUCGCGCCAUGAUCACGGCGGCCGUAGCGGAAGUGCACCCUUCAAAAUAAACUGCAAUUCAUAGAA